AUGGAAUAAAUCGUCUGGCAAGUUAAGUAUCCACCAACAGCUGGUACAGAAAGAGGAAGACCUUCAAGAAUUGAUUCAAGUUCAAAAUACUUGGUUUAUUGCAUUUCAAAUAGUGUUAUUGUAAGACAUUUAGAGGAUCUAAACAAAUAUUCUGUAUUUGAUUAACAUAAGUUUGACACAACAGCAGUCGCUAUUUCACCCAAUGGAAAUUUAUGCUGUUCAGGAGAUUCAAAGGGAUCCAUAAUGGUUUGGGAAUUAAACAUUCAGGUAACUUGAUGAAAGUAGUUUAGCCUCAUCCAGUAUUUAGGUAAUAUGAAGAUGUUUUGGGAGGUGCUAUAAAAGAUAUCUGUUGGACAGGAGAUGGUGAAAGGUUAGCAAUAGUUGGAGAAGGCAAAACAUAUUUUGGCAGAACUAUUCUUCUUGACACUGGUAGCAGUGUAGGAGAAAUUAGUGGAGUAUCUUUGACCGUAAAUGCUUGUGCAAUGAGACCCUAGAGACCAUUCAGAUUGGCUUUAGGAGGGGAUGAAACUUCAAUAUGUUGGUUUGAAGGGCCUCCAUUUAAAUUUAAGAAGUCGACGAAAUAACAUAAUAAUAGCAUCUUCUCAAUUAAAUAUAAUUAAAGUGGCGAUCAUUUUGUUUCAGUUGGAGCUGAUAAAAAGAUCUACAUAUAUGAAGGAAAGACAGGAGAAGUUGUGAAGGAGAUAACAACAGAUAGUCCUCACACUAGAAGCAUCACAGGUGUAAGUUGGGUUAAUGAUACAACAUUUGUAACUUCAUCAAAUGAUACUACAUUGAAAGUUUGGAACUUUGAUGGACUAUUAAAAACACUCAAAAUUCCAAACGCAUAAGAAAUUGAUGAUAUGCAAGUAGGAGUGACUGUAAGUGGGAAAGUAGCAUACUCUCUAUCUUUGACUGGUGCAUUGAAUGUUUGGAAUGAUGUACUAAACAUUGAAGAAGGACCAACAAAAAGGUUGUUUGGACAUAAUGCUUUAGUUGGUUAGAUUGCUGUAUAUGGAGAUAAGCUUAUAACAGGUGACAACAAUGGAAGAUUAUGUAAUCAUUUAAUUCAUAUUUAAAGUGAUUUGGGAGAAUGGAAAUUCAAUAAGGCCAACAGGAGUACAUCAUGCUAAGUAAGUGAUCUCACUUUCAAUUUCACAAAAUGUAUUAUACUCAUUAGGAGGGGAAUAAAUUAAAUUGACUAAUUUAGAAACCAAUACAAUUGAGAAAACUACUGAUUGCAAAGGAUUGACAUUAAAAUUAUAGGCAAACUUAUCUAAUCCUAAUGUUUGCUAUUUGCUUAUGGAGAAUGGACUCAUAUUAGAAUUUACUAAUUUAGAAUUGACUAGAGAAUACUAGUUGGGCUAUGAAGUGAGCAGUUUUUUAUUGGCUGAAUCAGUGUUUCUGGUUGGCGAUCUUAAGGGAAAGAUUCAUGUUGUUAGCCUUGAAAGUGGGGCUGAAGUACAAACAUUCUAAUUGCAAUAAACUAAAAUAACAGCCAUGGCCUUAUAGGGUGAUAGAUUCUUAUGCGGUGAUACAACUGGUAAAAUGAAACUUAUUGAUUACAAAUAAAAUUAAGUAUUAUAUGGGGAUAGAUGGACUCAUCACACUACUAUUAUUUCAUCUUUAAGUUUUACAAAUUCAGGUAAAUUUGCAGUAUCUACUGGGUAUGAUAAUAAAAUUAUGGUUUGGAAUUUGUCAGAUGGUUAGAGAGUUCUUGAAAGAAUUGGUAUACUUUAAAAUAUUAUUUAGAUGCUCAUAAAAGAGGAGUCUUAACAGCUAUUAUCACUUCGGAUAAUAAAGUAAUAAGUAGUGGAGGGGAUAACUCUUUUAAAGAAUGGGUGCUAAAUUUGGAAUGAGU